AAUCACAUCCGAGUCAGAAUAAAAAUAUGGCGGCUCAAACCGGGCUGUCAGCGGUGGUAAGCCGCAGUGAUGUCCCCGUUUUCCCCCCGGUGGCUCUGUCCGCGGAGGCCGCUCCCUUCACCCCGCUCGGACGUGACGCCCGGCAGCUCAGCUCAUCGUCGGACGCUGAGAAGCAGUUUUCUCGCUGCGCCACGAAACUCAGAUCUAUGCGGGGAGAGUCAGGCCAACUCAGGGAGGAGCUCAACCUGCUGUUUGACCAACUCCUGUCUGAAAACUACAACAAAACCUUCGACCCAAGUAUCAACAUCCGACCAGAGGUAACAAUGUCAGUGUGACUAAUGAGCUGGUGACUCCUAAUCUGAGCCCACAUGUGGAGUUGACUGCUGGUUGUGUCCAUUUCAGGAUGUGUGCAGUCUGCUGAGGCAUACCAGCUGUAUGGUCCCUCUGAGUCAAGAACAUUUGGUCAUCAAAUUCUGCCAGCUGAUCCAUCAUCUACUGAACCAGCUGAAGGUAACAGGAAAUCUAGAGUAACAGUUGCAGCCUAUUAGUUUGUGGAGUGAUAAUGUCUGAGCUGAUCUCAAAUUUCUUCCCUGUUUGAGUCUUGUGCUUAUUUUCUGUAUCCACUGUUGCUUUAGGUCAUCAUGGAUGAACAUACAUUGGAUGUGAUGGUGAAAUAUACCACCAGUGCACUGAGAGUGUGCAGCACGUGGACACACUCAGAUGUCCUCUUGGCUCUCUCCACAGUAGUGUACGGUAAUGGACCCCAGAGCCACCAGGUAGACAUUAGGUCAAGCUUUUUUUAAAGCAUUUUUGUGUGUUUGAUGACUGAUGGAUAUUUGAAUGAGUUGUUUUUACAGCAUCUUAGCAGCUUGCUGGGUGAAGAUGGACUGCUGCUGAUGUAUAGUUCCCCAUCUCAGCCAAAUAUGGAGUUGCAGCGUGUUGCUCUUACUUGUAUGGCAAACAUUUGUCUCAGGUAGGCAUCAUGGGGCUUGACAUAUAGUCUGUUUAUAGUUGCAGUUAGGGCUGGGCGAUAAAACGAUAAUGAUAUGUGUCGAAAAUUAAUUUCCCUCGAUAUCAAUAUAAAACGUGGUCAAUAUGCUUUUCGAUAGCCGGCAUUCUGCCAUGUUUUGGUAGACUAUACAAGUAGUCAAUGAAAGGGGGAGUUGCUCCGGGUCCGCUUCACGCUGAACCAAUCAUGUGCUGAAUUAGAACCAAGUAGCAGACAAUUGCGUAGUAUCAGGUUGCAGCUACAUGCAACCAUAGAACUUUAACACGUGAAGCCGACAGGGCUGUCGGUGAGAAAAAAAGGAAAAUAAGUGCUACCCCUGGCAGAAAUGCAGAUGAAGGCUCAACAAAUGAUAAAAUCGUCGACAACACUGACACGAAAACGUCGGUGGUGUGGAGGUAUUUUGGUUUUUUGAGGUCGGACAUGAAGCAGAGUAAUAUGCACUGCAAAUUAUGUCGAGUACAUGUUCUUGCAAAGCCAGGAAAUACCUAACCAUUCAGUCCGCUUUCUCUAGCGCAAUGACUUGCGGCAAAAUGUCGAAGAGACACGAAGACCUCACAGAUACAGUUGCUUAUUGUGUUGCAAAAGACAUGCUACCAAUCAGCACUGUUAAAUUUAAUUUUUUAUAUCGUGAUAUAUAUCGAUAUCGACUGAUAUGAAAAAAAUAUAUUGUGAUAAACUUUUUCCCAUAUCGACCAGCCCUACUUGCAUUAAUAAAUGAUUAUAUUUAUAUUAUCAAUUAAAUGUAAUCUUAUUUUGUCUCGUUGAGCUGUUGACAGUCUCCUAUCAUCCUCUUUUCUGCAGGAUCCCUGGUCAGCCACCUCUGGAUGAUCACUACAGAAGUGUAUCAUUCAGUGUCUUCUUGAAAACACUGCAGUCACCAAAACCUCCCGACACUGACGAACUCUUCUACUGCAUGGUGUGUAUAACUGGUGCAAUGUUAUGAGGAAAUUUUCAGCAUGGAAAAUGUUAAAAAAAAUUAACAAUGCUUCACCGUGUGAUCUCUGUGCAGGUGAUCCAGGCAGCGCUGAAGGGACUGCAGUGUUGUCUCUCAGGUGGAAAGUGGAAAUUCGGUGGAGGGGAGGAGCUCGGGUCUGUGCUGGCUUUGCUGAAGGUGCCGGAUUGUUACACAACUGAUUUGAUUUUUACUUUUAAUGAUAUUUUAUCAUGAAAACACACAAGUCUUCAUUGUGGUAAUGUGUUGUCUGCAGAGGCUGAUGUUCCAGGGGGCUCCAGGUGUAAGUGUCGAGUGGCCAACUGUUCUUUACCCGGCAACUCUUCCCCAGUACGAGGGUCUCCCUGCACCGAAAUCAGCUGAACCACAAAAAUCUGCAGAAGGACCAAAAGAUGCUGCUAUGCCAGGAAAAACCACAGGGGUAUGUUAAUCCAGUGUUGAACUGCCCUGUGAUCUGAACUAUUUGUACCCCUUUUUAUUCAUUUUCAUCUAUGUCUUAAUAAUAAUCUUUAAUAAUGUCUGUCCUCAGAAUAAAAAGAGAAAAUCUAGAGGAAAAGGAAAGAAAACAAGUGGAGAGGAGAGCCGAGGUCAUGAUGUAGAGGAAGAUGACAAAGAUGACAAAGGUUUGGCCACACAGAAAAGAGGAGGAAGAGAGGAAGGAAGAGGCGAUGCAGAAUCCUUAUCUAGAUUCUCCUCCUUGUCCCUCUACCCCUCCUGGAAGAAAAACAGCUCAGACUCUGAGUUUUCUGACCCGGAGGGAAAUGCGCAGACCAAACUAAGGUACAUAGAGACACCACCACUGUUCCCACCCAGUUUGUUGCCCCUCAGCCGUGUCUGUCUUUCAGUUUGUGAAUCUCCCUUCCAGACUUUACCAUGGCCGUGUGCGUCAGGGAGCCCUGCACUGUCUGCUCGCAGUGGUAAAAAGUGUAGAGAAGAGGACUCUGUAUGGCUUCUGGUCCUCCUUCAUCCCAGACUCUCCUAUUGGGGGACCACCAUCUCUCACUCUUCUUACAAUUAUACUGAAGGACCCCUCGCCAAAGGUACAACACACCCUCUUCUACUGUGGGUUAUAUGUAGGUUUACGUCACAGUAUUUCUCAGUGUGUGUGUGUGUUUCCGUGGCAUCCAUCUCUUUCCUCUCUCUCCAGGUGCGCGCCUGUGCACUCCAGGUGUUGUCAGCCAUGUUGGAUGGCUCCCGUCAGUUCCUGGCGGUGGCUGAAGACACUGCAUCUCCUCGAACGUCUUACACCCCUUUCUCCUUUUCUCUGGCUACAGCCGUAAGAGAGCUGCACCGUGCUCUCAGUCUGGCUCUGCUGGCUGAAACCUCCUCUCAGACACUCACACAGGUCAUAAAGGUAUGAUUAAAACGGCCAAACAGUUUUUCUCCGUUCUCAUAUUAUCCUUUUAGAGUAAGAGAAUAGAUGUCCUUACAGCUUAUCUGCAUUUUUCUUGUUUGUUAGUGUCUGGCGUACCUGGUUGCAAAUGCUCCAUAUCACCGUCUCAGACCUGGACUGCUCAGUCCACUCUGGAAGCAGAUGCGUCCUUAUGUGCGCCACAGAGGUCUGUUUUUGAUCGUCCCACUAAGCUUUCUAUAUUCAAAAGAAGAUUCAACAAGCUUUAUUUUAACAAAGCUGUUCACUGUGUUUAGAUGCAAAUGUCCGUGUGUCUGUCCUGACACUGUACGGGGCCAUAGUGACGACUCAGGCUCCUCUCCCUGAGGUGCAGCUCCUCCUCCGACAGCCAGAGAGCAGCAGCAGCAGCACUGGUUUGUUCACGCCCCAAGACUCGACUCCCAUUUGGAGGCAGAGAGAUGGAGUGUCCUCUCCUUCUCAUUCAUCUGUGACGCUCACCCAGCGGGGCUCCUACACACACUCACCCCGUCUACCCCGUACGCCUGGGGAGGAGGACAGCACCUCACCGUGGCUGCUCCAGCUGUGUGUGUCGCUGGUGACCCAGCCCAGAGAAGACCAAUCAGACAGUGAGGGAGCGGGGACAGGAGGAGUUUCUUUAGAGCCCUCACCUGUCCGACUAGAAGCCCUCCAGGUGAGUGGGACAGGAAGUAUAAGAAAGAGGUCAAAGCAUGCAGUUAUGAAACCUGAUGGGCGUUGACUUUGUUUCAGGUCAUGUCCCACCUGGUGAGGGGUUACUUCUCUUUAGUGCAGACAUGCCUCUGUGAGAUCAGGCAGGUGAGUGCACGCUGCCUCAGGGAGUCUGACCCCUCCAUACAGCUACACGGGACAAAGGUAAUAACAACUUCAAACUCUCUUCCUGCAUUUCCUCCACAUCUCAUUGAUCAGAAUAAGAUUUGCUCACUGAUGUCCUGCGUUGUCUUAUGUCGUAGUUACUGGAAGAGUUAGGGACUGGAAUAAUCCAGCAGUACAGAGCAGAAAAUAACGUUCCUGAAAGUUCAAGGGUCCCUAUGAGCAAGGUGAGUAUGAGGAAAAGCUUUUCGUAUUUCUCAUUGCUGCUUUUUUCAUCAUUAUUAUUAUGAUUUCUUUCCUUUGACCAUAAUUAUUGGAAGUAAACAGCAUGUAUUAUUAUAUAACACUUUUUCCCCAUGGUUACAAAGUGUUAGGGAAAAAAUCUAAACAAAAACAAAAUGCGACAAAAACCAUCAGAUAAUUCAAUGAUUCAUAAAAGACAGAAUCUGGGGUCUCUUUGGUUACAAGCUGGACUCUUACAAAUAUCCCUGAUCUCUACAGGUGUUCUCUGUUGCCUGUGAGCUCGUGUUUUUUUGGUCUUUUGGGAAAUUAAUCUUGUAGAUAAUACAAUAGAUAGAUCGUAGCUUUUUCAAGGGUUGUAAGUGAGUCUUGGUAGGGAGAGCGGGUGAUAAUCUAAAAGGCAGAGAGAAUCAAGAGCAGGAAACAUGCAGACAAGGGCUCAGGCUUAGUGCAUGGGUUGCUUGUUUUAUCCGGUGAGCUACGUGGUUUUACCCACAAGAUGUACGGUUUAAUUUUUGAAUCUUCUCAUAGUUUUUCAUCCUUGUGAUAAAAGGAUCUGAAUUCCAACUUCUAACAUUUGUAAACUUCGAUGAAUGAGCAUUUCUUCCUUUCAUGCAUAUCUUGGAAUCAUAUAGGUGGUCCUGUUUUGGUCUGAAGUUUUGAGUGGUCCCUUGAAUGUGGCGCUGCAGAACGAACAACACCCCACGCUGCAGACGAGCGCCUGUGAGACGCUCUCCUCCAUCCUGCCACAGGCCUUCGCACAGCUACCAGUAAGUUUUCUAUAUUUCUAUAUUUUUUUAAUCUAUCUUUUUACAAUGUCUUGCACUGAUUUGGGUGGCUUUAAUCUCAUUGUACUGCAUAUAAUGACAAAAAAAGGCAUUCUGAUUCUGAUUCUGAAGUAAAGACCCGACUAUCAACCACAAACAAAGCAUUUUGUAGUAUUUAGUAACACUUACUUGCAAGGGAAAAAAGGCUUUUAGCAGGCAGAAACCUUGAGCAAGACCAGACUUGUGAUGAACAGCCAUCUGCUGACAGCAUGUUGACCCAAAAAUUUAAUGUUUUUUGUUUCUUUUUCUUUUUUUUCUUCUGUCUUUAAGGACAAGACUCAGCUGAUGUGCAUCACAGUUCUGCUUGGCUUGACCUACAGUGAGAACUAUCUGGUGAAGACUGCAGCUGUCAGAGCUUUGGGAGUCUACAUUGUGUUCCCUUGUCUGAGAGAGGUGAAGAAUUGAACCACUGAAUAACAUGCCUCUAAAUAUGAUACUACAAGAAUCUGUUUUUUUUUUUUUAACAAUGGUGUUUUUAUGCUCUGUCUGUACAGGAUGUGAUGUUUGUGGCGGAUACAGCCAACACCAUCCUUGCUGCCCUUGAUGAUAGAUCCCCAAAUGUACGUGCCAAGGCAGCGUGGUCCUUAGGCAACCUCACAGACACUCUCAUCGCCAACAUGUAAGAGAAAAUAGAUGCAAAGUUUUGAGUACAAUACAGCAUUCAAGUGUUCUUUGUAAUCUAUUUUUCCUUCUGUCUUUUUUUAAGGGAGAGUGUAGGUGUGGACUUCCAGGAAGAGUUAUCAGACAUGCUUCUGCUCAAGAUGUUGCAGGCAGCCACCCGAGCAGCAGACGACAAAGACAGAGUGAGAGCGACACAAAAACACUCACAUUCAUCUCUCCCUCCACAUUUUUGUUCUGACACACCACUUCCUUGUCGAAUCACGUCUUUGAACUUCCUCCCUUCUUUCAGGUGAAGUCUAACGCUGUGCGAGCACUCGGAAAUCUGCUCCAUUUCCUUCGUCAGAGCCAGCUGACCCGGUCUGCGUUUCAGCGCCCGCUGGAGGACGCGGUCCGUGCUCUGAUUAAAACUGUCCAAUCAGAGGCCACCAUGAAGGUCCGGUGGAAUGCCUGCUGUGCCUUGGGGAACGCCUUCAGAAACUCCUCCCUCCCACUUGGUGAGCAUUGGAUGAGCCUUAGCUGUGUAUUUCUUUUGUGCGGUCGUUUCUAAAGUUGGUAUAACUAGAGAAGCAAGUGGUCGGCAACCUUCAUCUCUCAAGGGGGUGUCUAACUCAGACUUAAUUAAUUUUACGGCAGAAUAUCCCUUUAAUUAGAUCACAAAGACGGGCGUGCUGUGAGGCUUUGUCACUUCAAACUUACAGCUCAUUUUUCUUUCUCUUUGUCAGACUCUGCUCCUUGGUCUCAUGACGCCUUCUCCGCCCUCUGCCAUGUUGUCACUUCCUGUAAGAACUUCAAAGUACGGAUCAAAUCAGCAGCCGCUCUGGCAGUCCCCGCCCACCGAAGCUGCUACGGGGACACAAAGCGGUUCAGCUGUGUGUGGCUUUCCCUGGCCAAGGCCCUGGAGAACAGUGAGGACACAAACGACUUCUUAGAGUACCGCUACAGCGCCAGCCUGCGACACACACUGUCACAAGCUCUCCUGCACCUGCUCAGCGUCAGCCAGUCCCAGGACAUGCUAGUGCUAGGAUCAUCACUGGCCGGGGAUCAGGGGAGAGGCAUCAGAGAACACUUAAUCAAAUAUGUCAGAGAGGAGGACGGAGGAGGAAAAGGAGGGGGAGGAGGAGAGGAAGGAGAGGAGGCACAAGGGGGUAAAGACACAGAGGGAGAUAAUUUCACCCCUCAGCAGAGAAUCAGAGGUCUGCAGCAGACGCUGAUGAGACUGAAGGAGCUAAAAGCUGAAGGAGAGGAGGAGGAGGGAGGUAAAAAGGAGUUGGUUCAUUUCCUCGAGGAUUUGCUAAAGACUUGUGAAGAACCUUAAAACUUUAAUUUCCUGCUGCAGCACUUAAAGCAAGUCUUUCAGCUUGGACUUGGAAACGCAGGGAGGGCAGUAUGAACCUUUUCACCCUCUAUAUUUACACAUUUUGAAAAAAAAAUAUGAUUUUGUUAUUUUUGCUUUGCUAGAUUGUUUUCUGUUCCAUAAUAUUAACUCCAUCUCCUGGAGGUGGUAUAGUAAGAUUUUCCUGUUCUUAACAUGGUGUCAUAAUGCCAUGACUGUAUCAUGGAAGGGCCACAUGUCUGUGAAUGAGAAGGCAACCCAGACUGAAUGCUGUGCUUAGCCAGGUUCUGCAGAUGAAUUUGGAUUCCAGGAAGUAAGGAAGAAACACAGCAAGAGGCAAGAGCUUUUGACCUGAACAGCUGCUUUACCUGUGAGAAGGAUGAUCAAAUGAACCAUGUAGAGAUUAAUUUAAUCCAUUAACAAUGUGUACAUAGAAAUGUUGCUGAUGUGCUACAAACAUUUGAUUCGAUCUGCCUCCUACGAUGCUGCUCCCCUUAAGUUUAGCCAAGAUUUCAAACACUAUGGAGAAAAAGUCACAUAACCUGAAUGAGUUAUUUUCUCUUUGUAAUGCUCUCUCUGUAAAAACUGUCAUAUCUGAAAGUGCAUAUGACCAGAAAUAUGUUUGACACAUUUGUUUGAUGGAAAAAUACUCCUCAAAACAAAAGCCAUAUGUAUAUAAAUAGUGAUAUUUUAACCUGUAGCUUUGUUAGUCCAUUUACUCAAGUGCAAUUUUGAGCUACUUUUAACUAAAACAUUUUUAUUUUCUGCCACUAACUGUAGAUUCAUUACAUUUUCAAAGGACAUGGUUCACUUUUCUCUUCACUUAUCUUAUUUCAUGGUUUAAAUCUCGUCUGUAGUUAUUUUGAAGUUUUCAAGACAUGGUUAUCCCAGUAAAGCAAAGUAAAAGUGUACAAAAACACCGCUUGAACUGAAAAGGCAACAUUAAGACUACCUGUUUAAUACUGAGUGGGCCCUCCUCUAAUCAAGUUAAGACCCAAACAGUCCUGACCAGAUGAGGAAUGGACUCUGCUCGACAUAGGCAGGUGUGUUGUGUUAUCUGCAACCAUGAUACCUUAAAGGCAUUAGAUCAGGUUGCAUGAUGGUGCCUCCAUGUAUCAACUCGGUUGCCAAGCCAAUCUUAGAGCCCCUUUAUUGGACUGAGAUCUGGGGAACCUCCAGGCCAUCUUCCUCUAUAGUUCCAUGGUCCAGUUCUGAUGUUUACAUCAUAAUAACAAUAAUCAUGUCAUGAAAAUAUGAUGCCUUUAGGAUUAAAUCUGACUGAAAAAAUUAAAGAUCAUUUGUAAAAACU